AUGGGAGUGGAUUUGACUUGUCCUUUUGGCGUCUCCUCAGCCUGCGGAGCCCAGGCCUCUUGGAGCAUCUUUGGGGCUGACGCCGCGGAGGUUCCGGGCACACGCGGCCACUCCCGCCAGGAGGCUGCCAUGCCCCACAUUCCCGAGGAUGAGGAGCCCCCUGGAGAGCCACAGGCAGCCCAGAGCCCCACCGGCCAAGGCCCUCACACCGCAGGAAUAUCCUGCAGUCCACCUACCAUCGUCCUGACUGGGGAUGCCAGUUCACCGGAAGGAGAAACUGACAAAAACCUGGUCAACAGAGCUCACAGUCCCCACAGGAGGCUUUCUCACCGACACUUGAAGGUUUCUACUGCUUCGCUGACUUCUGUGGACCCUGCAGGGCACGUUAUUGACCUGGUCAAUGACCAGCUGCCGGAUAUCAGCAUCUCAGAAGAGGACAAGAAGAAAAACCUGGCGCUGCUGGAAGAAGCCAAGUCGGUGAGUGAACGAUUCCUGACCCGCCGUGGGAGGAAGUCCAGGAGCGGCCCCGGAGACUCCCCGUCAGCUGUUUCCUCAAACCUCAGCCCCGGAGCUUCUCCGACAUCCUCUCAAGGCAACUCGCUUACUGUCUCCACGCCUGGUUUGGAUGCAUGCAGUGGCCCACAGUCCCCUUUGUCUGGAGCACCACCACAGAAGGGGGAUGAGGCCGAAGUCUCUUCACCUCACCUUGGCGAGCCUAAUGUCUCCAAAGGGCUAGCUGACCGGAAGCAGAAUGACCAGAGGAAAUUGUCUCAGGGCAGGCUGACUCCUCGUUCUCCCACAAUUGAGAAGUCCAAAGAGAUUGCAAUUGAACAAAAGGAAAACUGCGAUCCCCUCCAGUGCCCUGAGGCCACACCCAAAGGCCCAGCUUCUGGCGUAGGCAGUGGUGGGAAAAUGGCCCUGAAUAGCCCUCAGCCUGGCCCUGCUGAAAAUGAGCUGGGAAAGGCACUUCUGAAGACAGCCAGGGAAGGCAACCCUCUGCCUAGAGGUCCAGCCCAGGGCUCUGGAGGGGUGGCUCCCCUGGGCCCCCAGGGAAAAGGUACAGCUGGAGAGCCGACAGGGUCAAAAUUUGGCUCCAAAGCUGAGUUGCGGCCCCCUGCUUCCCGGCCGCCCCUACAGCGGGGGGUCUCCUGGGACAGUGGUCCUGAAGAACCUGGCCCCCGGCUGCAGAAAGUGCUUGCUAAGCUGCCUCUGGCAGAGGAAGAGAAGCGUUUUUCGGGCAAAGCAGGCAACAAGUUGGCCAAGGCACCCGGACUCAAAGACUUUCAGAUACAAGUGCAGCCAGUACGGAUGCAAAAACUGUCGAAGCUCCGUGAGGAGCACAUCCUGAUAAGAAAUCAGAACUUAGUGGGGCUCAAGCUUCCAGAACUUAGUGAAGCUGCUGAGCAGGAAAAAGGGCUCCCUUCUGAACUCUCCUCAGCUAUUGAGGAAGAAGAGUCAAAGAGUGGCUUGGAUGUCAUGCCCAAUAUUUCUGAUAUGCUGCUGCGCAAACUGCGGGUCCACAAGUCUCUCCCUGGAAGUGCCCCUCCACUCACUGAAAAGGAAGUUGAGAAUGUGUUUGUACAACUGUCCUUGGCCUUUAGAAAUGACAGCUACACUCUGGAAUCUAGAAUUAACCAGGCUGAAAGGGAACGCAACCUAACAGAGGAGAACACAGAGAAGGAACUGGAAAAUUUCAAAGCUUCCAUUACGUCCUCAGCUUCACUAUGGCACCACUGUGAGCACCGAGAGACCUACCAGAAGCUGCUGGAGGAUAUUGCUGUCCUGCACCGCUUGGCUGCGCGCCUCUCCAGCCGAGCUGAGAUGGUGGGGGCCGUCCGCCAGGAAAAGCGCAUGUCAAAGGCAACAGAGGUAAUGAUGCAGUAUGUGGAGAAUCUGAAGAGGACGUAUGAGAAAGACCAUGCAGAGCUCAUGGAGUUUAAAAAACUUGCAAAUCAGAAUUCAAGCCGCAGCUGUGGCCCUUCUGAAGACGGGGUCCCUCGAACAGCGCGGUCCAUGUCCCUCACACUGGGAAAGAACAUGCCCCGCCGGAGAGUCAGUGUUGCAGUGGUUCCCAAGUUUAAUGCCCUGAACAUGGCCGGCCAAACUCCCAGCUCAUCACCCAUCCCCUCCUUACCAGCCCUGUCAGAAUCACCCAAUGGGAAAGGCAACCUACCUGUCACCUCAGCACUGCCUGCACUUUUGGAAGAUGGAAAGACAAAUGGGGACCCAGAUUGUGAAGCCUCUGCUCCCAUGCCGACUUUGAGUUGCCUGGAGGAGAUUAACCAGGAGACCAAGGCUAGGAUGGAGGAAGAAGCAUACAACAAGGGAUACCAGGAAGGUCUAAAGAAGACCCAAGAGCUUCAAGACCUGAAGGAGGAGGAAGAAGAACAGAAGGGUGAAUGCCCAGAAGAAGCUGAAGAGGCAGAAGAAACUGAGGAAGAGGAAAAGGACCAAAGAAGCAGCAAACUUGAAGAAUUGGUUCAUUUCUUACAAGUCAUGUAUCCCAAACUGUGUCAGCACUGGCAAGUCAUCUGGAUGAUGGCCACAGUGAUGCUGGUCUUGACUGUUGUGCUGGGGCUCUACAGUUCCUAUAACUCUUGUGUGGAGCAGGCUGAUGGGCCCCUUGGGAGAUCCACUUGCUCAGCAGCCCAGAGGGACUCGUGGUGGAGCUCAGGACUCCAGCAGGAGCAACCUGCAGAGCAGUAGGAAACCUGACACCCAGUCAGUACCCUGCUCCAGCACACAACUGACUGCCCUUUCCCCAAGCAUAGUGUUUCAGGCCAGGUGUGGGCAUGGUACUGCUAGCCCAUUAGGAAAUGAGCAGGGUUCUUUCACACUCAGCACCCGUGUGGGAGCUACGCAUACACAGAAACUGAUGUUCUUGGAGGAUCAACAAAACUGCCCUUGUAAAGCAUCUGGUGAAUGAAGUCACCUUUAUGAAGGAACUCUAAUAGAAGGGAAAGUCAUCUGCCCCAAGCUCAGAUGGCUGGGGAAAAUAAAACACCUUCACUGCAGGAGAUAGUAAGAAGCUCACUCUCCCUUCCCUUUUUUCCUCUCUGUAGUCAGAAAUAAAGAAUUAAUUAUUCCCAAAGGCUAACACUGACCCUGACGAUCAGACCUAGAAUUUGGAGUCACAACAUGAAUAUCAUCCCAUUUCCAUCUCAUCCUCACUGACUCUCCUUCAGCCUCCCCUCCUCCCCUUUGGAACCAGAGUUUCUCUUUACAGAAGUAGGAAAGGUUUCUCAGAAAAAUAUUUAGGCUGAAUUUAGGCCAGUGCUUGAAAUGAAAUGGGAAGAUGUGAGUUAAUAUAUAUGCAUCUGUAUCCACACACAACACAUACAUACACACAGCAUGCAUGUGCAUGAAGCCAACAACCUUCCAAACGUGUGCUCUCAGUGUGUGUUCUGGAUAAAGCCAACCCACAGAAUUUUCACUAGGUGUGGGGCAGUCACCAGGCACCUGUUCAAUGAGCUCUCCACAUGGAUUUAAGAUGUUUGAAAAACACUGAAAACUCAUGGUUUCAACAGUGAACUUGCUGGUCUCCAUUUCAAGUGCUAAUUCUAAGCUGUUGUACAACACAGUCUAUUCCCUAUUUGUCCUAUCCUAUUGAGAGCAGUUAACCCACCUCUCAGGUGAAGGAGGAGACACAGUGUGCUUUCAGCUCCUGUGUGCCCACAUGCAAAUGUGCAGUUGCACCUUAGUGCUUUAGUUCAAACGGGAUUUCCAACCCAAGUAUGUUUCAGAACAUUCAUAAUUGUUUAGCAUAAAACUGAAGGAGCACAUCUCAUCUCCAAUUUGACUUCUCCCUCCACCUUUACAGCCACUGCUUUCAUUCAUCCCUCAUCAGUUUUGGGGGGUGUUGGUUUCUUGUGGGUUUUAUUGUGGUUGUUCUGCUCUUGUUUUUGUUUUGUUGUUGAUGUUGUUUUGUUGCUAACAUUCAUAUAGAACUUACUAUGAGCCAAGCACUGUUCUAGGUA